AUGACUGAAGAAGAAGUUACUUACGCAUCAUUUGGACGUGGUGGUUAUUCAAACUUUUACAAAACAGUCAAGUCUCCAACCUUGGAAAAUCCAAAGACUAUUGAGAAAAAGGACAAAGUUAUUUCUCCUUUGGAAUCACAACCCUUUUUUUCUAGUGGCAGAGGUGGUUAUGGUAACAUGAUUGCAAAUGAUGACCAUGAAAAACUCAAGAUUGCUUCAGACUACAAGGAAGAUCCAAAUGCAGCUGCUGUUCCUCCUCCUAAAGAAGAAGAGCCUGCUUUUUGGAAAAGUACUGGCAGAGGAGGCUGGGGAAACAUGAUUGAAAAGAAAACUCCACUCUCUAAAGUCAGAUCAAACAUAUCUGAAAAAAUUGAAUAG